AAUGAGCUGCCGGGGCGCAUCGCGGUGCAGGACGACCUGGACAACACAGAGCUGCCCUUCUUCACCCUGGAGAUGUCAGGCACGGCAGCGGACAUCUCGCUGGUGCACUGGCGGCAGCAGUGGCUGGAGAAUGGCACCUUGUACUUCCACGUCUCCAUGAGCAGCUCUGGACAGCUGGCCCGGGCCACCGCCCCCACCCUCCAGGAGCCCUCAGAGAUCGUAGAGGAGCAGAUGCACAUUCUCCACAUUUCUGUGAUGGGUGGCCUCAUCGCGCUGUUGCUGCUGCUGCUGGUGUUCACGGUGGCACUCUACGCCCAGCGGCGCUGGCAGAAGCGUCGCCGCAUCCCCCAGAAGAGCGCUAGCACAGAAGCCACUCACGAGAUCCACUACAUCCCCUCCGUGCUGCUGGGCCCCCAGGCCCGGGAAAGCUUCCGCUCCUCCCGGCUGCAGGCCCACAAUUCCGUCAUCGGCGUGCCCAUCCGGGAGACCCCCAUCCUGGACGACUAUGACUACGAGGAGGAGGAGGACCUGCCCCGGCGGGCCAACCAUGUCUCCCGGGAGGACGAGUUUGGCAGCCAGGUGACCCACACCCUGGACAGCCUGGGCCGACCAGGGGAAGAGAAAGGGGACUUCGAGAAGAAAGCGGCAGCCGAGGUGACGCAGGAGCCAGUGGAGUCCCUGAUGCAGAAGUUCAAGGAGAGUUUCCGUGCCAACACGCCCAUCGAGAUCGGUCGGCUGCAGCCAGCACCACGCAGCGCCUCGGCAGGGAGGAGGAAGAGAAGAAGCAGGUCCCGAGGGGGCAUCAGCUUUGGGAGGACCAAGGGGACGUCGGGUUCAGAGGCAGACGACGAAACGCAGCUGACGUUCUACACGGAGCAGUACCGCAGCCGUCGCCGCAGCAAAGGUUUGCUGAAAAGUCCAGUGAACAAGACGGCCCUGACUCUGAUUGCUGUGAGCUCCUGCAUCCUGGCCAUGGUGUGUGGCAGUCAGAUGUCCUGUCCACUCACUGUGAAGGUGACUCUGCAUGUGCCGGAGCACUUCAUUGCAGACGGGAGCAGCUUUGUGGUGAGUGAAGGGAGCUACCUGGACAUCUCCGACUGGUUAAACCCGGCCAAGCUGUCCCUGUAUUACCAGAUCAAUGCCACCUCCCCAUGGGUGAGGGACCUCUGCGGACAGAGGACGACAGACGCCUGUGAGCAGCUCUGUGACCCAGAAACCGGAGAGUGCAGUUGUCAUGAAGGCUAUGCCCCAGACCCAGUUCACAGACACCUGUGUGUGCGCAGUGACUGGGGACAGAGUGAAGGACCCUGGCCUUACACGACACUCGAGAGGGGCUACGAUCUGGUGACAGGGGAGCAAGCCCCUGAAAAGAUUCUCAGGUCUACUUUCAGCUUGGGCCAAGGACUCUGGCUUCCUGUCAGCAAAAGCUUUGUGGUUCCGCCCGUGGAGCUGUCCAUCAACCCCCUGGCCAGCUGCAAGACCGACGUGCUCGUCACGGAAGACCCUGCAGAUGUCAGGGAAGAAGCGAUGCUGUCCACAUACUUUGAAACCAUCAAUGACCUGCUGUCCUCCUUUGGGCCAGUCCGUGACUGCUCUCGGAACAACGGGGGCUGCACUCGAAACUUCAAGUGUGUGUCUGACCGCCAGGUGGACUCCUCGGGAUGUGUGUGCCCGGAGGAGCUGAGGCCCAUGAAGGACGGCUCCGGCUGCUAUGACCACUCCAAAGGCAUCGACUGCUCCGAUGGCUUCAACGGUGGCUGUGAGCAGCUAUGCCUGCAGCAGACACUGCCUUUGCCCUACGACGCCACCUCCAGCACCAUCUUCAUGUUCUGCGGCUGUGUGGAGGAGUACAAACUGGCUCCCGAUGGAAAAUCCUGCCUCAUGCUCUCAGAUGUCUGCGAGGGCCCCAAGUGCCUCAAACCGGACUCCAAAUUCAACGACACCCUCUUUGGAGAGAUGCUGCAUGGUUACAACAACCGGACCCAGCAUGUGAACCAAGGCCAAGUCUUCCAGAUGACUUUUAGGGAGAACAACUUCAUCAAGGACUUCCCUCAGCUGGCCGACGGGCUGUUGGUGAUCCCGCUGCCGGUGGAGGAGCAGUGCCGGGGGGUCCUCUCCGAGCCCCUCCCGGACCUCCAGCGGCUCACUGGCGACAUCAGGUAUGACGAGGCCAUGGGUUACCCCAUGGUGCAACAGUGGCGGGUCCGCAGCAACCUGUACCGCGUGAAGCUCAGCACCAUCACCCUCUCAGCAGGCUUCACCAACGUCCUCAAGAUCCUGACCAAGGAGAGCAGUCGGGAGGAGCUGCUGUCCUUCAUCCAGCACUACGGCUCCCACUACAUCGCAGAGGCCCUCUACGGCUCCGAGCUCACCUGCAUCAUCCACUUUCCCAGCAAGAAGGUCCAGCAGCAGCUGUGGCUCCAGUACCAGAAAGAGACCACGGAGUUGGGCAGCAAGAAGGAGCUCAAGUCCAUGCCCUUCAUCACCUACCUCUCAGGUCUGCUGACGGCCCAGAUGCUGUCAGAUGACCAGCUCAUCUCAGGUGUGGAGAUCCGCUGUGAAGAGAAAGGCCGCUGUCCAUCUACCUGCCACCUUUGCCGCCGACCGGGCAAAGAGCAGUUGAGCCCCACCCCGGUGCUGCUGGAGAUCAACCGUGUGGUACCGCUUUACACUCUCAUCCAGGACAAUGGCACCAAGGAGGCCUUCAAGAGUGCACUGAUGAGCUCCUACUGGUGCUCAGGGAAAGGGGACGUGAUCGAUGACUGGUGCAGGUGUGACCUCAGUGCCUUUGAUGCCAGUGGGCUCCCCAACUGCAGCCCCCUCCCGCAGCCGGUGCUGCGGCUCUCCCCAACCGUAGAGCCCUCCAGCACCGUGGUCUCCUUGGAGUGGGUAGAUGUUCAGCCAGCUAUUGGGACCAAGGUCUCUGACUAUAUUCUGCAGCACAAGAAGGUGGAUGAAUACACAGAUACAGACCUCUACACGGGAGAAUUCCUGAGUUUUGCCGAUGACUUACUCUCUGGCCUGGGCACAUCUUGUGUAGCAGCUGGUCGAAGCCAUGGAGAGGUCCCUGAAGUCAGUAUCUACUCCGUCAUCUUCAAGUGUCUGGAGCCCGACGGUCUCUACAAGUUCACCCUCUAUGCUGUGGACACACGAGGGAGGCACUCAGAGCUCAGCACCGUGACCCUGCGGACUGCCUGCCCGCUGGUGGAUGACAACAAAGCAGAAGAGAUCGCCGACAAGAUCUACAAUCUGUACAAUGGGUACACAAGUGGCAAGGAGCAGCAGACUGCCUACAACACGCUGAUGGAAGUCUCAGCCUCCAUGCUGUUUCGAGUCCAGCACCACUACAACUCUCACUAUGAGAAGUUCGGCGACUUCGUCUGGAGGAGUGAGGACGAGCUGGGGCCCAGGAAGGCCCACCUGAUCCUGAGGCGCCUGGAGAGGGUGAGCAGCCACUGUUCCAGCCUCCUGCGCAGUGCCUACAUCCAGAGCCGUGUGGACACCGUGCCCUACCUUUUCUGCCGCAGCGAGGAGGUCCGGCCUGCCGGUAUGGUGUGGUACAGCAUCCUCAAGGACACCAAAAUCACAUGCGAGGAGAAGAUGGUGUCCAUGGCCCGAAACACUCCCAAGGCAGGAGCUUUCAGGUGGAGACCACGCGGCCUUUCCUGUUCUUCUUCCUCCGGCCGCACUCAGCUUCCUUCCUGCCAUGGACCCCAGGAGGAGACCUACGGAGAGACAGUUGGACCUCUUCAGCAUCAGGAUGGAGGCCCCGAGGAUGGGUGCAGUGAGGAAGCUUGGGUCUUUAGGACCUUUUAUUUUUCAGACGUGUUUGAAUUUGCAGGACCCCUGCCUCUUCCUGCUGCCUGUGGGUCUGCCCAGAGUCCCUGCAGGACUUUCCAUGCAUUAAAAAUUCCUAUUGUCUCUCUUUCUGCUUGGGUGGUGUUUCUUACAAAUGGGGGGCCUCUGUUUAUUCAGUCAACAAAUAUUUCGUGAUUAUCUACUAUAUAGUAGGCACUGGGCAUGCAGCUAAAGACAGAGAUGCUCCCUGUUCUCAGGGAAUAUACAGCCCAGUGGAAAUGAUAGAGAAACCACCAGUUACUUCAGGCUGUGGUAGGGGAAGGUUGGAGGUUCCUGGAGCUCAUUGCUGGGUCAUGAGACAAACUGGAGGGGUUCUGAGAUGCAUUCUUGAAAAAGUAAUGCCUACGCCCAAAAGAUGGGUUGGGGGUGGGGUUUGCUCUAGGCAAGUGGGACACCGUGAACAAAAGUCCAGAGAUAAGAGAAAAAACCCCUUCAAGAGCUGAACGCACUUUCAUUGAGAAUGGAGAUCAAAGUAGGAAGAAGCAGGAGGUGAGUCUGGGAGCUAGGCAUAGCAUUGGAAGUCUCAGGGAAACAGUCUGAUGGUAUUUGAAGUAACUGAGAGUCACUGCAGAACAUUAACACAGGAGUCGACUUGUUCUUUAAGAAAAACCAUCCCAGAUCCAGAGCGUAGGUUGGACUGGAGAAAGCUUCGAAGAAGAGAGUGACUUCUGUCAUUUUCCAGACGUGAUGGCAGUUUGGAUCCUGAGGUAAUGGGGAAGACCUUCCACCAUUCGAUCUC